AUGAUAACGCGAUACAUCUCUCAAACACCUUGUAUUAACAGAUGCUGGUGGGGAUACAAUCUCACGCUCUACUACUGGAUUUUGGAAGGUCCACGCUUGACUGUCGUUUUGCUCAACUUUUUAUUUUUACUUAACAUAGUUCGUGUAUUAAUAUUGAAGCUUCGUCAAAGCCAUACUAGCGACGUAGAACAAGUUCGCAAAGCAGUUCGCGCUGCUGUUAUCCUGGUACCAUUAUUGGGGAUUACUAAUGUAUUGAAUAUGACUGAAGCACCAUUGGACAAAACUGCACUAGAAUUCGCUAUAUGGUCUUACGUAACACAUCUCCUAACAUCGUUCCAAGGACUCAUCAUUGCAUUUUUAUAUUGCUUCAUGAACGGUGAGAAUGAAAAUCGCACACACACAGCUAAUAAAAUCACCAUCAAUCUUAAACUCAAUAUCCCUGUUAAGCAACAACCAACACGUAUUCAUCACCUCAUCUGCUGCAAAUAUAUGCCAAAGUCAGAUGCUCAGAAGAUGCUCUCAAUUUACAACAUGAAUUUGAAAAUUUUGCUAAAUGGUGUGAUAUAAAUAGGAUGACUUUGAACUCUGAUAAAUGUUCUGUGAUUUCGCUGACCAGGAAAAAGCGGCCUAUAAUGUUCAACUAUCACUUGGGUGCAGUACCAAUUAAACGAGAAGGAUGCGUUAAGGAUUUGG